CGCAAUCUGCAAGUAUAGUUUCAUGUCAAAUCCUUCAAGCGCAAGAUGCGAAUCGCAUCCUUAACAUCCAAUCUGAACAGUUAAUCCAGAUCCAUUUGUUUUUUUUUAAUAAUGUCUAAAUGGUUGGUUCUGUUGAUUUUUGUUACUCUAUGUUGUUUAUGUAGUGCACAUACUGGACCUGCCAACUAUAGAAAGAAAAGACAACUCUUUCGUGAGCACCUCCUGCCGCAUCAAGGUGGCAAAAUUCCGGACUCUGCCUUCGUGCCCGAACGGAUCAGUUUGAACAGGCUGAACCAAAAUGGGUUUUACACGUUGGACGGCGUGGUGUUGGAACAGAAGUCGCCGGACGUGCAUCACACCGCCAAAAAGUAUCCGCCGCCGACCAUCAAGUUAAAACUGGCGCCGGAUAAUCGACACGUCGCACCGCCGGGGAGACAAUACACGCCGAGGGUGGUUGACACGACGUACAUUAUCAGGGAGCCGACGAGAUAUAGGUUGUCGCCGCAUCAGAUACUUUACUUCCAUCAGUUGCCGUUACCGCCAAAAGUGAGGUACAUACAAAGAAGACCAAAUGAAUUAUAUAACGCUGCUCAGCAAGCUUAUGGCGGCCACAACGGAUACGCGGUACCGGUGAAGCUUCGCCAAGCCGAAAAGGAACAACAACAGGACUUGUCCAAAGUCCCCGGAGUGCCGGGGGUGGACUAUCCCCUCUAUCACACCGUACCUCACACCAGUUUCUCGUGCCACCACGUCCCAGCCUUGCCAGGAAUGUAUGCUGACGUAGAAACUGGAUGCCAAGCUUACCACGUGUGCCACGACGGACGUGAAGGUGAAAAGGGUGCUUCGUUCCUGUGCACGAACGGCACUUUGUUCAACCAAGCCGAGUUUGCCUGCGAUUGGUGGUACAACGUGAACUGCCACGAAGCUCAAAGUCACUACAGGCUCAACUUGGAUCCAGCCAAGAACCCCUACGUGCCAAAAAAGAAGCCCGAAGAAGAGCUUCAAUAUGCGCCAGUAGACGCUAAAUAUUAGGUACUUGAAUUAUGGAUAUUCUAGGUGCUUUGGCGUAAAUUAUUAUAAAAUUAAUUUAUUUUGGAAAUAAACUUUUAGACUAA